AUGAUGUUGCAAUUUAUCGGUCUGAGUAUCGUCAUGCAAUUCAUACUUUCCGGCGAGAAACUCAAUACUUGGAUACAAAUCAACGUUGGAUGGGGACUUGCAAUUGUAUUCUGCGUCUACGCAUGCAGCAAAACCUCCGGAGGUCAUUUCAAUCCAGCGGUUUCGUUCACGAUGUUCACCCUCGGGCAUCUCAGUCUGAGGGACUGUUUAAUCUAUUGCUUGGUUCAAACUGUUGGCGCAUUCUUCGGUGCUAUUGGUGCGUACGGCAUCUAUUACGAUCAGUUCGUAAAAUACGCCGGGGCAUAUCGUUUGAUCGUUGGUCCUAAAGCGACAGCAGCAUGUUUCUGCUCAUUCCCCGCAGCUCAUGUCAGCAAUCUCACCUGCUUUUUCGACCAGGUAGCUGGAACCGGACUUUUGGUGUUCUUCGUAGUCGUUAUCAUUGACCGUCGGAACGGUAUACCGGCUGCGGCUCAUCCGUUCCUCUUCGGCUUCGUUCUUAUAAUGAUUGGGAUCCUUUCGACAAGAAGGUACCAUAACUACUACUUUUGGAUACCGGUCAUCGCACCACUUUUCGGAGGCGCUCUGGCAGCUUGGAGUUACCACCUUUUCAUUGGUGCUCACAUUCCCGAUCCGGUGCAGGAUUACGUUUUGGAUGAAGUCAAGCAACCGCUAAAAGCAAGGUGA